UUCUUAUUUCAAGAGUACCAGUCUUUUCAAAUUCUUAACAAUGUACAGCAGUGUGCCUUUUCACAUCCCUCGUCUAAAAACGGCACAUGCGCACAAUCAGGACAUUCAUGCUGUACCAUGUUGAUGUAGCUGAAAGGACAUCGAAUGAACUGCAGUUCUUGUUGAAUUCAAGCACGUUAAUUGUCAUCAAUCAAUUUGGUCUUUGUUUGAUAACAGUCCCCAAAUCGGCAUUCAUUUCGGUUAUUCUGCUCCUACGUUGAUUUUGGUCAGAGAACGUCAAAACGAAAUGUAUGUAGCUUUAAGCUUUCCUUAGUUCAUAUCGUUUUGUCUGCAGGACACCAUCAACUCGCAUCGCAACAAACAUAGACGGGGUGGAUUCAGUGGUGAUGUGAAUAAUUGGAAGAUAUAUUAACUGAUUGCCUCACCAAGAGAAUUAAAGAAUUUUCAGCAAUAGAAUCCUGAUUCGAUGCAGAAUGUGGUCCUGACCGAGUUUGGUAUUCACGGUUAGUGUGACAGAAAUGUGAAUGUAAAAAUAAGUACCGUGUCGGUGAAAAUCGCAACAAAGAAGAACAAGAGGUCCAAAUUUUUAGAGUGAAAAUUUGGUGCAAGUUUUCUGUGUCAGUGUGUUACGUACUGCAAACCGAAGUUAGAUCGUGCAUCAUUUCGGACGGACACCAGGACUUUGGUGGUCAGCCAGCAGUACCGUUUACAAACGAGGACCAAACCCUCAAACAUAAUGAUGCAAAAAUGUCAAUUAUAAUAGCAAUUGUACUGAUGGGAUUCAUUGAGGCAGGUCGCUCGCAGUAUUUGACCAACACCGUGCACAAAACUCCGGCCGCGUCCGAGAAGGUAAACGAGCUCUCCUGCUACUCCUGCAACGCCACCGAGGAUGGCGAGUCGUGCAUCGACCUGACCGGAAACAAUGCUUCCUUCGUCAAGAAGUGCUUCUCGGACGAGUUCAUUUGCAUGGUCAAACAGUUCUCCUACACGGUGCACACCAGCAACUCGAAUGUAUCCGAACCGAAACUGUGGUCCUUGGAGCGGAAAUGCAUUAACACGUGCGAGCCGGGAUGCAUCAUUAUCGGCGAGCGGACGAAGCUGUAUGCUUGUACAAGUUGCUGCACUGAGCUUUUGUGCAACUCGGGUAAAGCCCAUUCAACCCGGGCGUAUGCCCAAGCUGUCUACGGUGGCUGGACACUAGCCACCGUGGGCAUGAUAGCGAGAAUUUUCCAACAACUUCUACUACUUCCUCGAUAAGUCCGAAUCGCGUAUCCCUUUAACCAUUAUUGCCAAAAGGAUGCAACCAAUGACCAUUCUGGAGUUCAUCGUGAACCAUUUCAAUUUGCCAACAUGUUUAUUCUGAUUACUUUAAAGACAUACUUGUAAUGAACAAACAAAUCUCUUGCACAUCUUAGCACUAAAAAUGAUACAAAUAACUAGAGAAUUAAGAAAAAAAAACUUUCACUUCAUUUUGAGACUUUUUCAUCCAUAAAUAUUGUGCAUUUCCAAAUCGUUAUCGCACCUUCCGAUAGUGUAAAUUUAUUCCAAACAUUUUCAAUCGGUAUUUCAAACAACGAUAAACUCUUCCAGUGCCGUUUUAGAUCUCGUUCCGGAAUUGUGUUUUAAAUCAAUGGAAGAGAAAACAGUUUUAAUGUGUGAGCGUAAAAUGCUAUCCUAUUUGGUAGAUUAAAAUUUAAAAAAAAUUGCAUUUCAAAGAGCGCCAAAAA